AUGAUCAGUGUCUCCUCAGUCGGCUUUGUUCUUCAUACUCUUAUGCUACGUAGCUCUCAGAAUCGCGAUGCGCAAGGAUUUCUCAAAAACCCAUCAUUACCUGCGAGUCCACACACGGCAUUCAACGUAGCCUUCACCAUCGUACAACCAUCGGAUGAUCAAGGAACCCCUCGGACUCCGAGAACAGGUGCCAAGCUGUCGAAGUCUUCCCGAAGACGCUUACGUUUGAUUUGUUCCUUCAGUCCUUCAGUCCAGCUCUGCUCUCUCGACGAAUUCAUCACUCCCUCUAACUCCAACUCGACGUUCAAGCGUUGGCCAGUCUUCCGGACAUGCAAGAAUUACAAGGUUUUCAAGCUCUUGAUCCAACGGGCGAAAUAG